ACGUUUUCAUGCAAUUUUUUCACGUAAUGGAUAAUAUAAUAUACGUUUGCUUUCUUCUGUCAUCUGUGUUUUGCAUAUCAGAAUCAUCCUUUUGUUCUCCUGAUAUGGAAUAUCACGACCACACCCGGACGUGUCUAAAACUGUUUGAGAGAAAGGAAAACUAUGUGCAGGCCAAAUCUUUCUGUCAAAGAAACGUUUCGGGGGGAAAGGAUAACUCCAAGAAAGGAUAUCUUGUGAGAAUCUACGAUAGUGUGACAGACAACUUUGUUAAGGAUUAUCUAAGAAGGAACGGCGUGAAUACAGCUUUGAUAGGAUUGAACGACCGCGCGAUUCAAGGCGUCUUUCGAUGGGACGAAAUUCAAGAGGAGGUGACGUAUUUUGGAUGGGCAAAACCUUUCACACAAAACCCUGGACUGCGUAGUGUAGUUAUAGAGAGCAACGGUUGGAGGGAACACAGUGGUCAGCAGGAGAGGUUUAUUUGUCAAGUCGAAGCAGUCUUACCCGAAGCCAAAAUGACGUGUCCACCUGCGCAAAUCGGUGACUUAGACCACAAAAUUGCUUGCGUUGUCAACUUGCGGGACCCCUCUAUAUUGAAGAGUACAUCUUUGACCAAAGAUGGCGAGUUUGUGGCCCGCUGUGGGCCGUCAAGCUGCACAUCCACCCUGCAGUAUGAUGCUGUGGUCAGGAGUGGGACCACAACAGUCACGAUACCUAGCGUCAUUCGAGACCAUGAGGGCAACUGGACAUGUGCCAUUCAGUUUGCCGGGAGCAGUUAUGUUGCGAGAGAUUCGUGCAUCUUGCAAGUAUUAGUGCCAGCAGACCCUCCUGUAUGUAGCCACAUGGUGUAUAAUACUUACAUAGAGGUCACGUGUUUCACCGCUCAAGUCUAUCCUGAAGCAACGUGCGAAUGGUUGUAUCAAAUCAACUCACAAUCUAAGGUCAAGUUGAGCAACUCUCAAACUAAAACAGAUCACGAGAGUUUUAUCGUGUAUGGACACACCUACAUAAGAACGGAAUGUUCGGCCACCCUAAGACUGAGUUCCUUCCCUUCUGGCGCCUACACGUUCACGGUGACCAUGACUCCUAGUUUCUCACCAGUGCCUAAGUCCCUGUCAGUGUCGAAAGACCAUGUUGUAACAUUAGCACCCCCUCCAGACCCGCCUGUAUUUACUGACACCACCGGUACCAACGUCACAGAACUGACCCUCAGAGAGGACCAAUCCGUCAGCUUUACCUGCACCAUACACGGCGGCACACCUGCCGUGUACAAGACGCACCUGACCUGUGAUAAUGCCGUUUGGGGGCCAACGGUGUCUGAGCUUGGCCCAAAGGUGGAGCUGGCCAUUAUGGCCAAUCGUCGAGCGGAUGGGAAAACGUGUCAGUGUAGAGGCGAGCAUAUUACGGGCUACAGCUUGACAAGUGUUAUACGAUUCACUGUUAUAUAUCCAUCUAGUGUCAGCUCAUUUGGACUCUUCAACUGGUAUGGACCAAUAUCAUCUGAAGAUGUUCAAGAGAAUAGAGAUGUAUCCAUACAGUGCAAGGUAUCAGGAACAGCUGAGUCGAGAAUUGAGCUGUACCAUUCAAACUACAUGGGUAAUUUGAAACUGUUGCAAAACGUGACAGGUCUGAACCUCGUCUACAACUUGAGAACCGCCUGCAACAGUUCGGGGCGGUACGUUUGUAUCACCACCAGCAUGUACAACUUUGAGAGUCAUCAGAUGUCUUUGGCAUUAAAAGUCAAAUGUUCUCCCGAACACUGUAACGGAAACAAUGGCGACCAAAAACCAACUUUUGGCGUAGCAGUCAAUAAAGUGAUAGACGUACGCCUGUGUUUUAUAGCCAAUCCAGAGCCUUUUAAGUUUCUGUUGUAUAGAGGUAUAAAUUACUUCGAAACAUCCAGGUACAAUGUAACGAUCAACUAUACCCAAAACAUCUGGUCUGUGGGUGAGGUCAAGGUCACGAUCAACGGUCUAAAGUCGAACGAGACUGGAGAGUUUAUUCUGUAUGAAUUGAACUCACAGAACAAACUGGGACCUAACCCGCUUAAGUUCCUGCUCAAACCACAAGGUCCUCCACAAUGCCCAAGUGAUCUACAACUUGUAGUAAACAGCAGUGCAAUUAACACCCUUUCCUGGAAGCCAGGCUUCAACGGUGGACUGACCCAGACCUUCAUCCUACUCGCUCACCGACUGUCUGGCACCAACGACGAUAACCCGGUGGAGGUGGGGCGUGAGGUGGAGGCGUCAGAGCCUGUCAUGUACCACAACGUGACGGGUCUCUCCCCGGGGGUCUAUCACGUGACCAUCAGCGCCGUCAACAGCAUGGGAGCGACAGAGUGCCCACGUGAAUCUGUCAACAUAACUAUUGCUGAUGAAGCUGCGUCAGAUGGCCAGGUCAUGACAGCAAACGUCAGUGCGUACGUCAUACCGGUCGUCGUUAUUAUCAUCCUCGUCUUCAUCGCUAUCAUCGUCGUAAUCGUCUUGAGGAGAAGAAGAAAGAAAAGCUCAACUCCGGUUGCUAAUAAAGAUCCAAUCAGACCUCUAGAAAUACAGGUCAAGGCUGUUGAGACGCCCAGCCCGAAAGUGACUUACGAAAACUCGAAUGUCUUUCUUGAGAUGGGUAAAGACAAAGAAGCAGAAGAGAACAGCAAGAGCGAGGUGCAGGCGAAACCAAACGAUGAGACACACAAUCCUUAUGUGACUUAUGAGAACACGAUCAGGACAAUAGAACGAAACAGAAUUAAGGAAAUAGCUCGAAGACCACAUAAAAGCUUGAAGAAAUCUGCUCAAAGUGUGACAUUUAAAAUCGAUACAAAUCCCGAUAACUCAAUCGGACAAACUUACGCUGUUGUGAUUAAACCUCAGAAAGUUCCAGAGAUCCAACAGAACGAGGAAAUUGCUGAGAACAUCUACAACAACGUGCUCGAGAGAGUCGUCAACGAGUCGCUCAACGACACAGCAGAGGACGAAAUAUCCCCUGACCUAGAUCUACCUGACCCCACGCUAACAGAAGACAACACGGAGUGUAUCUACGAAAAUACAAAGCAAUUAGAGUUAAAACAUCCGAACAAGGCUCCCCAGGAGAACGAUACUCAUGAGGACAUCAAACACGACUCAAACCUUACGCCAAACAAAGAGGACAUUGAUCAGGACCUAGGACAUACGCAUUACCAAGAGGACACAAAACAGGACCCGGGAUAUACGCCUAAUCAAGAGGACGUCAAACAGGACACAAGCUAUACACCUAACCAAGAGGACAUGAAACAGGAACCAGGAACUUCACCAAACCAACCUGACCCCGAACAGAGAUCAAGACUUACUCCCAAUCAACCUGACCCCAAACAGAGCCCACGACUUUCUCCUAAACAACCUGACCCCAAACAGAGCCCACGACUUACUCCUAAACAACCUGACCCCAAACAGAGCCCCGGAAGAACACGCAGUCCCCAAGGAUUGGUUUACAUUGAUGUGGAAAUCAACCGUGACACUAAGAAACCGGCAGUAAAGCCGGCACCGGCUAAUGAAGAAGUUGAGUAUUUCUCAAUUGAUCUGCUGGCCACGUCACAAUCAAAUUGUACGAGCGGGGAAGAAGAUGAUCUUUAGUACAAAUAAUGAUCUUUAGUCCAGAUAAUGAUCUUUAGUCCAGAUAAAGCUCCUUUGGCCAGAUAAUGAUCUUUAAUCCAUAUAAUGCUCUUUAGUCCAGAUAAUGAUCUUUAGUCCAAAUAAUAAACUCUAGUCACAAAAACGAACUUUAGUCUAAUUGAUAAAUUUUUAGUCCAGAUAAUGAUAUUUACUGCAAAUAAUGAUCUAUAAUCCAGAUAAUGAUUUUUAGUCCAGUCAAUGUCCUUCAGUCCAGAUUAUGAUCCUUAACGAACUUUAGUUCAAACAAUGAUCUUUGGUCCUGAUAUUAAUCUUUUUACUCCAGUUAAUGUUUUUCAGUGCAGAUAAUAAUCCAUUAACGAACUUUCGUCCAACCGGUUUUCGCUUUGUCCGACCGAAGAUCUUUUGUGGAAACGAUGAUCUCUUGUUUGAAGAAAUGAUUUUUAAUUUAAAGAAUUACCUUCAGUCCCAAUAGUGGUAUUUAGUUAAAAGUUUACAUAAUUUAAUAAAAAAAAUAAUGAUGUUGAGUACAAAUUACCAAAUGGUGUUCCAUAGUUUAAUUGACGAUUGUUAGACCGAUAGGUGUUCCAUAGUCCAAAUGCUGAUAUUAUAUAUCCAAUUGAUUUUUAGACCAAAAAAUCUACUUUAAUCCAA